CGGAGUAUUCGGAAGCAGUGGAAAUCGGAUCUUGGGAAAGCUAAUCCACUUGACAUUUACACAGUUAUUCAUUCCUCACACCACCCAGGCAGCCAAUUCCGCUGCACGCUGUUUCUACUGAACCGUGUUUCGUCCGACCUUCGCGAUUUUGUUAAACCAACAUUUUAUCCAACUUAAUUGUAAAUUUAGUUUCAUUUUUUUUCUAACUAAACCGGCACUAUGAGCAACCGCGAGCGUGAUACGAAGAUCGACCCGGAAUUCGCCAAAAUUCCCAAGGAUAUGACCGGCUUCUACAUCUGGCGGGUCGAGAAAUUGGCGGUGGUGCCGCUUCCACGGGAGAAAUACGGGGAUUUCUAUGCCGGGGAUGCGUACAUCGUUUUCUCGGCAACCAACUCACGCGAGCAAGGUGGAAUGAACAUCAAGCCCGCCAAAUUCCAACGGACCGCGGAGAUCCACAUUCACUUCUGGUUGGGCGAAAACUGUUCAGUGGACGAGCGAGCAACGGCGGCGUACAAGACGGUGGAGCUGGACAUGGCCUUCGGCGACAUGCCGGUGCAGCACCGAGAAGUGCAGGGUUUUGAGUCGCUGCGCUUUAUCAGCUACUUCCCCAAGGGCAUUCGGUAUCUCAAAGGAGGCGUGGCCACAGGUCUGAAAGUGGCCGACGACGGAUUCCGUCCGCGGCUCUUCAUAAUUAAGGGCGCCAAGACACCCAUUGCUCGCGAAAUUCGCGAGAUCACCUGGGAGCGCAUGAACGACGGUGACGCGUUCGUCCUGGACGCCGGCGAGCGCAUCUUCAUUUACAUCGGCAAGAACGCCAACCGCAAGGAGGCCUUCGAGGCCACCAACAUCGCGCAGCUCUUCAAGGACCAGCCGGGCGAGGCGGUGGUCCGUGUCGAUGACGGUAAAGAAAUAGAACAGCUGACGGGAAAAACUCUUGAGCUGUUCGAGAAAUUCUUACCGCUGAACAAGAAGAAACUGAAGGCCCACAAGGAGUUCAUGCAGGAUGAGAAAUGGUCAGAGGAAACGUCCGGAAAAUUACAGCGCCUUUUCAAGGUCACCGACGCCAGCGGCAAGGUGGAGAUCAAGCAACUGAAAGCCGAGAAACCCCUCAAAACCGAUCUGAACUCCAGUGAUUGCUUUAUUCUGGAUGCCGGUAAGGGCGUCGGCGGCAUCUGGGUGUGGGUGGGCAAGGGCGCCACCGACCGCGAACGCGAAUCAUCCAUGAACUGGGCACAGGAAUUCCUUAAACAAGAAAAAUAUUCUCCCAACACGCCCAUCACACGCGUCAUCGACGGGGCGGAGCCGUUCGAAUUCAAGGCUUUCUUCGGCAACGAAUGGCGUUAAACGUCCUAGCGACACAGCGCAGCACGUGACAACGACAACAGUUUCUCAUAUUUACGCGGCAGCCGGCUUUUACCGUGCAUUUCUUAUACCGCAUUUCGCUUUAUUAUUGUACUGCUUUUUUACCGCACAUGAACGCUGAUUAUGUACGCGUACAGUACGAUGUACAACCUAGUCAUUAAUUUCUCUGCAACACUUUCUCGCUUCUCGUUUCUACACACCAUUGUCAUCAACAAAAACUGCAAACAAUCA